AUACGGAAGCGUAGGUUUAUUAUCUUUUUCAAAACAUCAAAAUUUAGACAAUGAAAUAAGCGAUAGUAACCUAUUGGAUGAAAAGUGCAUGGUAGGUAUGGAGUAUAGUAGGCAAAUGCUUAAAGUAUCAAAUGGACUGGGUUUGGAAUCAAGGAAAGCCAAAAAGUGAUAUUGGUCCGUCUUUACAUCAGAGCAGAGGCAACAACCAGGAUAAAAGCCAGAGGUGCAGUGAGAGCCGCACUCAAGCCCAUCUGGGUUCCAGCAGACUUGGCAGCAGCAGCAGCGGGUGCAGGUGCAGGGUUAGAACCAGUAGUGGGUGAUGCAGCAGUAGGCGACGCGGCGGUAGGUAGCGUGGCGGCAGGUGAAGCAGCAGCAGCAGUAGAUGAAAUGACAGACGAAGCAGUCGAGGACGCUGCAGGAACGACAGCAUUCGGAAUGCUAGCAGAACCGACAAUCAGACCAGUAGACUCUUCAAAGAAACGGAACUGCGUAAAGUCAUUGUAGCUGACCCAGUUGCCCGAGGUGGAGAUGAAUGUGUAGGUCUGUGUAAUGGGCGACUUUGACGAGGGGAUCGAGUCGGAGAUUAGCUUAACAGCAGCAGCAUCGCUGCCCAUGCCACCAUAGACAGAAAUAGUAGCUACGCCAGAAAAGGAAAAGUCUUUAAGGGUAAACUAGCGAUUGCACAAGGAUCGUUAGUUCAUCAGUUAAAAAAGAUACAGAAUUUGCAAUAGUUACCUUGCAGCCAUCAACAAUAUUAACAGUUCCAGAAACAGUGACAGUCUCGCCAUUUGCACCUUUGGAAGUAGACGACUUUAGAAUGGGAAUGGAGAUGGUCUUUCCAGCAUAUGGGUAGUUGGCAGUGUUACAGAGGGAGUAGCCAGAAACAGAGCUAGCAGCAAGAAUGGUAAUGAGAGUAGAAAAGAUCAUUGCAACAGAGUAUAGCCUAAAGAUGAGGAUGAGAAAAGCUCAAGGAGUUAAGGGAUCGCAAUAUAGUUGACAAAGG